AGAAUCUUAGUUGAAUAAACGAGAAGUAGAUAGAAGGGGCUUUUAUUUUCUAAGCGUGUGUGGCCCCGGAGGCGGAAAUGCAACACGGAAGGUUUUCAAAGGUGCACAGGGAACGAAAGGACGGGACGGUUGAUACGGAAGAAGGAGUUCUGUGUUUUGAGUCCAGCUGGACCCCGUUUAACCCCUCACUGGGGCUCAAAAUGCGCUGCGGAGUUUCGGACACAGCAGGCGGAGAGUUCAUGUGAGCAAACAUGGAGCCGAGAUUCGGCAGCGAAGUGGCGUCGAUUGUGGAAGUGGCCAUCCAGGCGACUCUGUCUGUCUUCAGGGAUGUGUUGGCGAAAGAGGCGCCAAACACGGAGUGGGAAAAGGCGAGGAUGGGCGAGAUCCAAGAGAUAGAGAAGUCUCUGGUGGUGCAGAUCCACAAAGUGUUUACGGAGUUCUCCUCGGAGCUAUUCGAGGAAAACGAGGCUUUGCGGGCCAAAGUGGAGCAGCUGGAGGACGUGCUCCAGAGGAAAGCCGGGCAGCUCGAGCAGGAGCUGGAGGCCAGAGUGGGGCAGCUGGGCAGAGACAUGAAGCAGCUGGAGAAGGAGCUGAAGACCAUCAGCGAGGGCCCGACUCACGUCCUGCUGCAAGACGGCUCAGUGAUGGGAGGUCCUGUGCUGUCAGUGUCCACCAGUCCAGACGCCCCAGAAUCGGCUGCAGAAGAAUCAAAUCCAGACCCGCUGCCCAUUUCUGCAGGAGCUGCUGAAGUCGUCCCCACCUCCACGGCUGCAUCGGUGACCGUCCCCAAACCUGCGGUCGCCCCCAUGGUGCUCGUGGGCAGAGUCAGCUCUGCUCCCACGGUGCUGUUGGUUGGUGCCAGUCAAAUCGUAGCGCAGUCAUCGGCCGUCUCAGAAACGACGGGAGCUGCAGCAAUCGUGCUCAAACCAGCGGCCUCGCCGGGCUCUACACCUCAAAAUGUCCCCAGUCCCGACUCCAGUACUGUCAGCGGUCUCGACUCGACACAGGAGAAGAAGUCUUUGGAAGGAGGAGCUUCUGGGAGGACAAGACGAACGAGAAGAGCAGCUGCUAAUAGUGAAACAGUUUCCGUUGACAACGGCAGCGAGGAGAAACAAAGCAAGUCAGCUGAAGAGCCUGGCAGACGACUGAGAAAGACGGACUCGCAGACAGCGAGGCGGUUCUUCUGUGAGCACUGCGACCUCGGCUUUCACUGGAAAGGCGAACUGAAGAAACACAUGAAGGUCCACAAGAAGCCUUUUCCUUGCGAUCAGUGUGGCAGGAGUUUCCUAGAGAAGGCGUCUCUGGAAAAUCACGUUUUGCGCCACGAGGCAACUAAAGCCCCGCUGCCCUUCCCGUGCCCUCAGUGUAAACGAUCGUACAGGAAAGAGGAGUCGCUUCAGAACCAUCUGAAGCGUCACCAGCGGUCGAAGCCUCCGAAGCCAUUCUCCUGCGAUCAGUGCGGCAAAACGUUCAGAAUCAAGCAGUCUCUGGAAAACCACCUGUUACGCCACGAGAAAUGGAAGCAGCUGCUGAAGUGCCAGCUCUGCGACAAGACCUGCAAGACGUCGGUUCAGCUCAAGUGUCACAUGGCCGUGCACUCGGAAGAAAGGCCCUUCAGCUGCGUGACAUGCGGGAAGGAGUUCAAGAGCAAAGACACGCUUCGCUUCCACCAGAUGGUUCACACAAACACCAAAAAGUAUAAAUGCACAAUGUGUGAGGAGACCUUCAAAUAUGCCCACUCGCUGACUGUGCAUAAGAGGAAGCACACAGGCGACAGUCCCUUCGUGUGCUCCGUGUGCAACAGGUCGUACAGGACCGGCACGGCUCUGAAAAGACACAGUGUGGUCCACACGGGAGAGAAGCCCUUCACCUGUCACAUAUGUGGAGCGAGGUUCAGCUUGAAUAACAACCUGAAAAGGCAUCUUCGCAUCCACACAGGAGAGAAGCCAUUCAGCUGCCAGGAGUGCGGCAAGAGCUUCUCAGACAACAACAAGCUCAAGUCGCACAUGCUCAUCCACGGCGCCAGAAAGCCGUUCAUGUGCGAUCUGUGUGGGAAGACCUUCCUCUUCAACUGCAGGCUGCAGAUACACCAGAGGUACGUGCACGCCGACAGGAGCGAGCAGUCGGACGGCACGCAGAAUUUCUUCCAGACUCGACGGCAGAACAAGUCGCUGGUUAAACCGUAUAGCUGCAAAAUAUGCCUGAAAGGUUUCAGCGCCGCGUGCUCGCUCAAACUUCAUGAAAAAGGCCACAGCGAGCACAAGGAGUUCAACUGCGGCAUCUGUGGGAAGUCCUUCCACAACAAAUACUCUUUCAGCUAUCAUCAGCGGAGCCACACGGGCGAGAAGCCGUUCGUUUGCGACGUGUGCGGGAAGCGGUUUUUCCACGCCGCGAGUCUGAAGCAGCACGAGCGCAUUCACACGGGUGAGAAGCCGUACAAAUGUGACCAGUGCGGCAAGGCCUUCAGAACGGACGGGAACUUCUACAGACACAUGCGGAUCCACACGGGGGAGAAGCCGUUCGAGUGCGUGUACUGUCAGAGGAAGUUCCACCAGUCCAAUCAGCUCAAGUCCCACCUGCAAAUCCACACAGGGCAGAAGCUCUACUCCUGCCAGCAGUGUGGCCGAGGCUUCUCUGAUUCACGGCAGCUCAAGAAGCACAGCUGUGACGGGUCGCUGGAUUUUGACAGCACUCUGGAGAUGUUAGCAUGUGAGGCAACAAGAAAGAUCAGCACCGUUUUCUCCCAGGUGUCUUUGCUGCUGCUCGCUGAAAACAGGACUCUGAAGGCCAAAGUGGGACAGCUGGAGAGUGAGCUAAAGACCGUGACUGAAAGCUUUGAAAAUGCCAGAGUGUGGAGAGAGAACGUCCUGAAUGGCUGCCCAGUCCUGUUUAAGCAGACUCCUCCAGGGGUGCAGGGUUUCACAGGACCACCACCUCCUGCUGCUGCUGCACGAGUGCAAAGAGUCAACCAGACAUCUGAUGCUGCUGUGCAGAGCGUCUCCACAUCAUCUCCUGCUGCUGAAGUGGAUGGUGGACACGAUGCUGAUUCUUCAGGUUCAGAAGGUGGAGAGGCGAUGGAGGAGCUGAUGGAAGCAGUUUCUUUACCAGACAAUGGACCGGACGCCACAGCAGAUUGUACCUCCGCGGACUCAGCGGAGCCCGAAUACACCGAGAGCCAAAAGCGUCUGGAAGCAGAGGUUUUGAAGAAAGGCAGAGUGUUUGUGUGUGACAUCUGUAACAAGACUUUUAACCGACUCUUCCACCUGAUGAAGCACAUGAACAUCCACAAAGAGCAGCGGCCUUUUACCUGCGACCAGUGCCCGAGAAAGUUCAGGAACGCAGCGACUUUUGAGUACCACCUGCUGCGACACGAAGAGAAGAAGUAUGCCAGCUACGAGUGCGAGCUCUGCCAGAAGAAGUUCAAAACAAAAAUGGGGCUGAAGACGCAUCAGGUGGUGCACACGGAUGAAAGGCCGUUCGCCUGCUCCACCUGCGGGAAGGGCUUCAAGACCAAAUACAGCCUAAAGUCCCACCAGCUCGUGCACACGGCUGAGAAGCCGCACAAAUGCUCCGAGUGUGGAGAGAGCUUCAAAUACGCCUUCACCCUUCAGUGUCACAGAAGCAUCCACACUGGAGAGCACCCGUACAAAUGCACGGUGUGCGGCAAGGUUUUUAUAAAGAGACGAUCGCUCAGGACGCACCAGGCGGUCCACAGAGGGAAGAUGUUUACCUGUGAGACGUGCGGUGCUGGCUUCACCCUGCCUCAGAACCUGAAGAGACACAUGCACAUCCACACGGGCGAGAGGCCUUUCAAAUGUAAGGUGUGCGGGAAGGGUUUCAUUCAGGCCAACAAGCUGAAAGCACACAUGCUCCUUCACGGCGCUUCAAAGCCGUACAUGUGCGACCUGUGUGGGAAGACGUUUCUGUACAACUGCCACCUGAGGAGACACCAGAGCGUAACUCAUGACGAGAAGCACGGGCAGGUCAUGAGGAGACGGGAGCGGGAGCGGGGCAGGCGCAGAGUAAUCUACCGGCAGGAUAGGACGAUAGUGGACGUGACGCCGUUCAGCUGUGGCACCUGUCACAAGGGCUUCGACACUGCGUGUUCCCUGAAGAAACACGAGCUCAUUCACACGGGUCACAUGCAGUACCGCUGCGACCCGUGCGGGAAGUCCUUCUUCUACAAAGCCACCUAUGACUACCACCAGCGGGUCCACUCGGGAGAGAAGCCCUUCGGGUGUGACGUGUGCGGGAAGAGGUUCAUCAUCCGUCAGGCGCUCAAGAUCCAUAAGCUGCAGCACUCUGGAGAAAAGCCGCACAAAUGCGAGCAAUGCGGCAAGGCCUUCCGCAUGUACACGAACUACCAGAGACAUCAGCUGAUCCACACCGGAGAGAAGCCGUAUGAGUGCGAGGUCUGCGGCGUGAGGUUCAGGCAGCUCGGGCACGUCAAGUUUCACAUGCAGACCCACACGGGGGAAAGACCACAAUCAGUCAGCAUGGCGGACCUGGAGCCGCAGGUUUGCGCCAUUUUGGAGAUAAUGGUGAACGCGGCGGUGUCAGAGAUGAACAAAGUUAUCGGCGCCUCGGAUCCUCCGCGUCCACAAGAGACAUCGUGUGUGGCCGAAGACACGCACGGGUCCCCGGAGGAUAAGGUACAGGAUAAGGUGAUCCAGUUGAGCGUCUUCAUGUCGUCUCUGGCUCAAGAAGCUGUGGAGAAGAUCUGCCAGCUCUUCCAUGAAUGUUCCUCUGCGCUGCGGCUAGAAGUGACGCAGGGUGUGGCAGAGAUCGAGGACCUGAAGAGGAGACUGGAGGUCGCGGAGACGGAGUUGAAGCUGGCGCUCGAGGGCAGCGGAGGUCAGAAGGACGCGGAGGAGCUGACGGAGGGAGGCAGCGGGCAAAAGGAGGGGAGGGUGGACGUUGAGGUUGUUCAGCUCGAGCAACGCUCAGGGAGGAAGAGUCGCAGAAGUGUGGUUAGCAGGGACGCCGGAGUGAAGAGAUCGCCCAUAAUUCAUCUGUGGAAAGGCAGAACAUAUGAUGACAGCAUCCAGCCUGUUAUAAUAAAAGAAGAAGGGUUUGAGUGCUCAGCCGACCGGAUGUCGUCUGACUCUGGUCAGUACAGAGAUGAGUUUUGGCAGGAUGAGGACGACCCUGACUACCAGGCGGAACCAGACGAUCCAGAUGAUGCUGACCCAGGAUACACCACCAGAUCCAAGCGUGUUGCAAAGGGAAAGUCCCACCAAGCUCAAGCAAAGAAGGAGAGUCAGAAGGAGCAGCCUCUGAGCUGCAAACACUGCCGGAAAACCUUCACCAAGCUGCUGCAGCUCAAAGCCCACCAGGCCGUCCACGGGGCGAGCGCGGAAAAGCCCUUCCAGUGUUCUCAGUGUGGCCGAGGCUUUGCGUUCCAGCGAAGCCUCAGUGCUCACAUGUUACUGCACACAGGUGAGAGGCCACACACCUGUGAUGUUUGUGGGAAAGGUUUCACCCUGAAGCAGCUCCUGAGAAACCAUCAGCGUCUCCAUGCUGACGUGCGGCCAUAUCGCUGCGAGCAGUGCGGUAAGAGCUUUUACCGGGCGCACGGCCUGAAGAUGCACCAGAUGGUCCACACUGGGGAGCGUGCCUAUAACUGCCAGUACUGCAACAAACGUUUCACAAUACAAGGAAACCUGCAGCGCCACCUGCGCAUACACACGGGCGAAAAGCCGUUCAGGUGCGAGACUUGCGGCAAAAGCUUCAACCAGGCCGACACUCUGAAAGGCCACCAGCGGAUUCACACCGGCGAGCGCCCCUUCAGCUGCGACACCUGCGGCAAGCGCUUCAUCCAGAAGAGCGCGCUGAAGAUGCACCAGAAGACCUCUCACGUGGACGAGAAGUCGCUCGCCUGCGUCGCGUGCGGCACCACGGUGGCCUGCGUCGACUCGCUGCGCAAACACCUCCAGACGCACGCGGCGACUAUUCCGUGCACCUGCGUGCUCUGCGGCCAGCGGCUCAGCUCCAUCACCGAACUGCGCUCGCACCAGCAGCAUCACACGGUGGACCGGCCUCACAGCUGCGGGCUCUGCGGCAAGAGUUUCAAGUCGUCCAGUUACCUGAAGAUUCACCUGAAAACGCACAGCGGGGAGAAGCCGUUCUCCUGCGACAUCUGCGGUCGCAUGUUUACACAGCAAAGCAGCCUUAAGUCCCAUCAGGUGGUCCACACAGGAGAGAAACCUUUCAGCUGCGACACCUGCGGGAAAUGCUUUAGCAACACCGGCAACUUGAACCGACACCAGCGCAUCCACACGGGGGAGAAGCCGUUCAGCUGUGACACGUGUGGGCGGAGCUUCAACCAGGGCAACAGCCUGAAAGCGCACCAGCAGAUUCACACCGGGGAGAAGCAGUUCAUGUGCGACAAGUGCGGCAAGAGUUUCUCCUACCUGAGGAACCUGAAAGACCACAAGUGCUUCUAUGUCUGAAGCUAAUCUGUGAGGUGAUGUCAGCUCCUGUAAGCUGCAGUCAGGUUAGCUGAAAGCGAUUUUGGUGAUUGUAAAGCUGGCUUUCCCAGAUUUCUUCUGUCACUGCCAAGAAAGUGAUGCAGGUAGAUACGGCGUGAAGAGUGUUACAGCAUCUGUCUGUGAGAAUAGCUGACAAAUUGCAUUUCCAACGUUAAAACUGAACGGACAGAGAGAGUUUUAGCUCCUGAUGUGAGUGCAUUUAUCACUGAACUAAGAAAAGCCUGGGUCAAAAUGAUCUUCAGCUUCUUGCCUUUUGUCAGCGUGAUGUAACUGAAAAGCCAAAAGCAGAUUUUUACCACCACAGUUGGUAUUAACGAGCCACAGAAACAGCUGAUCCUUAUUAAAGACGAGGCAUUUUGCCCUUUGGUAAUGAUUUCUUGUUAUCGCGACUAACUCGCAGAUGGACGGGCCAGAUGCUUCAGCUCAGUGUAACAUUUAAAGCUCUUUGCCAGGGAGACUGAAGUUUGGCUUUUCUUACCUAGCGAACACAUUUUGUAUUGAAACGUGAGUAUUUUCUGUGUGAAUUUGUACCAACUCACCGAUGGUGCUCGCGAUGAGGAUGGGCUGUGUUUACAUUGCAUCACGUGCAGCACCACCACAGCUCCUUUUCACACGUGUGAAAGCAAGCAAGCUUCACUAUGCAUGAGCAACACGUGCUCGUGCUUUCAGAGGUAGCAUGAACGGUUUUACUUUCCACAGUUACAGUUCUGUCAAAAUAGGAUCGCAAGUCAUUGAUAUUUGGCGCUGUGGCUCUGUUUGAGGUCUUCCCGUCCUUCCGCACAUAUACAUGGAAAGCCUAAAGGCAUUCAGUUUGACUCUGUGGCCUGUUAGAAAAAAUGCUGUGCUCGGUAUAGCGGUAAUCUGUGGGCAGCUGUUACAUUAUAUUCCUCAUCUGGGCUGUAUAAUGUGUAAAAAUGGGACGUCUGAUCUCGUUGUGCGGCUGAUAUUUAUAACGGUGCAACUCAAAGAGUGCUUUUCUGUCUUUUUCUCUUUUAACAUCAUCUCACAUGAUGACUGUUACUACGUAAAUGCCUUGUAUGCAUACAAAGAACCGGCGUGCUGAGAACAUAACAGACUGAAAGUAUUAUUUUGUGAAAAUACUUUAUUUGUAACUUCUCUUGUGGAGAUGAUAUUCACUCAACCUUGUAACUGAGUUCAAUUCAUAAAACAGUGAAAUGUAAA